GGAAAGGUCAUUCCGGCCGAUGGACCACAUUUUGCGUACACGAGGGCUGAACCCAUAGGCGUUUGCGGAUUCAUAACACCCUGGAAUGCUGAAAUGUUUACAUUAGCCAGUAAAUUUGGACCCGCUUUGGCAACUGGUAAUACAGUUGUAAUGAAACCUGCGGAAAAUACCCCUUUGACUGCACUACAUGUGGCAACUCUGGUAAAAGAGGCCGGUUUUCCAGCGGGUGUGGUGAACAUUGUGCCCGGUUAUGGCCACACAGCCGGUGCCGCAUUGGCUGAGCACAUGGAUGUAAACAAGAUCGCAUUUACCGGGUCGACAGCGGUGGGCAAACUGAUCCAGGAGGCCGGUGGUCGGUCUAACAUGAAACGUGUGACUCUGGAAACGGGCGGCAAAUCACCGCUUAUUAUCUUCGAUGACGCGGACAUUGAUGUCGCCGUCGCCACAGCCCAUAUGGCUGUGUUUGCAAAUUCAGGACAGAUAUGCUGUGCCCCGACCCGUCUCUUCGUUCAGGACACCAUUUACGAUAAGUUUGUGGAGAGGUCUGUAGAGUUGGCUAAAAAGCGAGUGUUGGGCGACCCCUUCGAGCCUAAGACACAACAGGGACCGCAAAUCAACGACAAAAUCUUUAACCGAAUCCUUGGACUCAUAGACAGUGGUCGUGAAGAAGGCGCCAAACUAUUGACGGGUGGAAAGAGAUGGGGAUCUGAGGGCUACUACAUUGAGCCCACAGUGUUUACAGACGUGACGGACAAUAUGAAGAUCGCGAGGGAGGAGAUCUUCGGACCCGUGCAGUCCAUCUUCAAGUUUAAGACAUUGGAGGAAGUGAUUGAAAGGGCUAACGAUACCACAUAUGGCUUGGCUGCCGGUGCCUUCACUAACGAUGUUAAAAAAGCGUUGACACUGACCGAGGCUUUGGAAGCCGGGAAUGUCUGGAUAAAUACAUACAUGUCUAUUAGACCGCAAACACCAUUCGGUGGUUACAAACAGUCGGGUAUUGGUCGGGAAUGUGGCGAAGAAGCCCUUCACGAGUAUUUGGAAACCAAAUCGAUAUUCAUAAACGACGAGUUUGUUAAUUCUGUGAGUGGAAAGACAUUUGAUAUAAUCAAUCCCAGCAAUGGUCAGCUCAUCACAAAAGUCCAGGAGGGAGACCGGACUGACAUCGAUAAGGCUGUGAUCGCCGCUCGCAAUGCAUUUAAAAGGGGAUCUGCUUGGAGGACAAUGGAUGCCUCUGAAAGGGGUCGACUGUUAUUCAAGCUGGCUGAUUUGAUUGAGAGGGACGCUAAUGAAUUAGCAGUUCUCGAAACAUUAGAAAGUGGAAAGCCUUAUACGUCGGCUAUAGGAGACGUGAGGGGUGCUAGUGUAUUUCUAAGAUAUUACGGGGGUUGGGCUGACAAAGUGCACGGAAAGGUCAUUCCGGCCGAUGGACCACAUUUUGCGUACACGAGGGCUGAACCGAUAGGCGUUUGCGGAUUCAUAACACCCUGGAAUGCUGAAAUGUUUACAUUAGCCAGUAAAUUUGGACCCGCUUUAGCCACUGGUAAUACAGUUGUAAUGAAACCUGCGGAAAAUACCCCUUUGACUGCACUACAUGUGGCAACUCUGAUAAAAGAGGCCGGUUUUCCAGCGGGUGUGGUGAACAUAGUGCCCGGUUAUGGCCACACAGCCGGUGCCGCAUUGGCUGAGCACAUGGAUGUAAACAAGAUCGCAUUUACCGGGUCGACAGCGGUGGGCAAACUGAUCCAGGAGGCCGGUGGCCGGUCUAACAUGAAACGCGUGACUCUGGAAACGGGCGGCAAAUCACCGCUUAUUAUCUUUGAUGACGCGGACAUUGAUGUCGCCGUCGCCACAGCCGUCACAUAUGAGACACAAACGUUUAAGUCCUGUCUAUACGACACGGGACAUCUCAACCGAUUUUUCGCUCACAACCCGCUGGGGAACGAGCCUAAGACACAACAGGGACCGCAAAUCAACGACAAGAUCUUUAACCGAAUCCUUGGACUCAUAGACAGACCAGCACUUCUUCCGCGGUUUACAGACGUGACGGACAAUAUGAAGAUCGCGAGGGAGGAGAUCUUCGGACCCGUGCAGUCCAUCUUCAAGUUUAAGACAUUGGAGGAAGUGAUUGAAAGGGCUAACGAUACCACAUAUGGCUUGGCUGCCGGUGCCUUCACUAACGAUGUUAAAAAAGCGUUGAUACUGACCGAGGCUUUGGAAGCCGGGAAUGUCUGGAUAAACACAUUCCUGUCUAUUAGACCGCAAACACCAUUCGGUGGUUACAAACAGUCGGGUAUUGGUCGGGAAUGUGGCGAAGAAGCCCUUCACGAGUACUUGGAAACCAAAUCGGUGGUCUUCAAAAUGGAUCAAAAGAACUCUUAA